AGGCUGAUGCGCUGAAGGCGUUCUGUAAAUCAAAGCGGAACCUUUUAACUGGGGUUUCCUGCUGCUGGACGGACAUGUUCCUCCGAUGCACAUCUUCUUAGACGCAACCCGGACGCAGCGUUUGAAAUGGCUGUGACCCUUCACACAGAUUUGGGAGAUUUUAAAAUUGAGUUGUUCUGUGAGCGAGCACCUAGAUCAUGUGAGAACUUCCUCGCUUUGUGUGCCAGUGGCUUCUACAAUGGCAGCGUUUUCCAUCGAAACAUUAAAGGUUUCAUUGUUCAAACUGGAGAUCCUACGGGCACAGGUAAAGGAGGGACAAGUAUAUGGGGUCGCAAAUUUGAAGACGAGUACAGUGAACACCUGAAACAUAAUGUCAGAGGAGUGGUUUCAAUGGCUAACAAUGGCCCCAACACCAACGGCUCGCAGUUUUUCUUCACAUACGGCAAACAGCCCCAUCUGGACAUGAAGUACACAGUGUUUGGAAAGAUUAUCGAUGGCCUGGAAGCUCUGGAUGAACUGGAGAAACUGCCCGUCAAUGAAAAGACAUUCAGACCGCUCACUGAAACCAGAAUCAAAGACGCAACCAUUCAUGCCAACCCCUUUGCUGGAUGAACGGCUUUGACUUCACACAUGCAGAGAGGCCUUGGACACAGUUGUGGACAUUUCAAACACCUUAAUUCUUACAAUGUAUAAUAACUUGCCAAAAUGGAUAACCUUUCAGAAAUUAAAACUGGACAUUGGCAAGAAAACCCUUGAACACGGUAAAAACAGAAUGCUGACUAUGAAACUAUGCUGUGCUGUCUUGGAGUUAUAUUCUUUCACCUGCUUUUUUUUUUAAGGUAUGUGCUAGAAUAGAAAUGUCAUAGUGCAUAGAGCAGAGCCAAGUCAUGAAUCAAUGGAGAAUGGAGUCAGUUUUAUGAGCAUGAUGCCUCCAGUAGCUAUGUAUGUUUAGCAAUUUUCACAAAUGGUUAGCUUUCCCUUUGAACGCCCCUUUGUUUGACAAUGCUUUUGCAAACAUUAAGUACGUUUUAUUUUAAUCUUCAUGCAUUCAUAAUUAAGUCAAAAAACCCUGCCUGGCUUUGCUCUGCUGAGUGUGGCAGUACUUUACAGAUUCUGACGUUUUUCUAGACAUGCCAUGUAAAUAUUGUCAGUUUUGUGUACCAAAUAAAACUUUUAUAAAAAUGUUUUUAUUAA